CAGGCCCCGUUCCAGAGGAGCAAAGGGAUGGUUCAGUGCGUCCAAUUCCACCCCACCCGGCCCUUCUUCUUCGUGGCCACCCAGCGCUGCGUCCGCGUCUACAACCUGCUCAAGCAGGAGCUCACCAAGAAGCUCCAGAGCAACUGCAAGUGGGUGUCCAGCAUGGCCAUCCAUCCUGGAGGUGACAACGUGAUCUGUGGGAGCUACGACAGCAAACUGGCCUGGUUUGACCUGGACCUGUCCACCAGACCCUACCAACUGCUCCGGCACCACCGCCGGGCCCUGCGCGGCGUCGCCUUCCACCGGCACUACCCGCUCUUCGCAUCCGCAUCCGACGACGGCACCGUCAUCGUCUGCCACGGGAUGGUCUACAAUGACCUGCUGCAGAACCCGCUGCUGGUGCCCGUCAAGGUGCUCAAGGGCCACGUUCUCACCCUGGAUUUGGGAGUCCUGGACGUGCUUUUCCACCCCACCCAACCCUGGGUGUUCUCCUCGGGCGCCGACGGCACCGUCCGGCUCUACACGUAGCUCAUCCCGAGGGAUCCCGGCCCUGCUCCUCAUCCCAAGGGCCCUGCUCCUCAUCCCGAGGGAUCCCGGCCCUGCUCCUCAUCCUCAUCCCGAGGGAUCCCGGCCCUGCUCCUCAUCCCGAGGGAUCCCGG